CGCCAGGACUGAAACAGAACUGAAAGUGAAAGUUGUAGUCACUGUUGAUGCGCAGCAAGUAAACAGUAGCUUACCUGUCUAAUCACUAGAACAAUUCAAACAUUUCUUUUCAGGACUUUUCAGGAGUUCAGGUACGCCCUUGCCAAGAUGCGUGAAAUCAUCGAUAGCCUAGCUCAGUUUUGAAUAACAUAAUAUAUUAGAAUACAGAACAUCGUAGCCAAAAUGUCAGAACGGACACUGACACGUGUUCUAAUGAAUCGUCGGGACUACGCCCCAAUCAUAAGAGGUCUGUGGAAUUCUGGCCUAUCCUGCUGUGUAAAUGCUCUGCUGCAGUCCAUGUUUACCACAGAGGGACUACUGGAGAUUCUUGACAGGUGGAAGCCGAGCGGUCAUUGUGAGGAAAGAAACAACGUCCUCCUGCAGCUGAGGAAGGCUCUACAUACUAUGGGGGGAGAAAGCCCUCAACCAGAUCCUCACCGCGAGUUCCUGGACUGCCUGCAUCGCAAUUCAAUCCACAGAACUGUGCAGCAUGAUGCCCAUGAAGUCUUUUUGUCAAUCCUCAACCUCCUUCAGCAACAGAUGACUAGCACACAACUGAAAGAGGAAAUCCUUGAUCUGUACAAGGUCAACAUUGAGGGACAUGUUAGAUGUUUGGUGUGUACAUUUGACCAUGAAAUCAACAGCUAUCUGCUAAGCUUUCCCCUUGCUCUGCGAGAGGGACAGAAUAACUUGGAGGCCUGCAUGCAGUCAUUCUUCACGUUUCAGGAACUCACAGGAGAAGAUGAAUGCUACUGUGAGAGGUGUGGAAAGAAACAACCUUCCGCUCAGGGGUUCAAACUCCGCUCCCUCCCCAAAAUCUUAUGUAUCCAUCUAAAGCGAUUCCGACAUGACGGCGGCUUCACCAGGAAAUUGAACCGCCAAGUGACUUUCUCUGACACACUCAACGUCCCCAACAUUUUGAAGCCAGAGCACAUUUCUGAGGUUUUUCAAAAGGACGAUUCACUUUAUAGCCUGUAUGCAGUUGUGGUGCACUCAGGAUUUGCUACGUGUGGGCACUACACGGCCUUCAUUCGACAACCAGGAGAACAGAGCUGGUAUUAUGCAGAUGACGAUGUGGUACGGCAGGUCAAAUGGGAUGAUGUUCAGAGCUCUUACAGUGGACGAAUGGGAGGUGGUACCGCAUACAUGCUGUUAUACAGAAGACAGUCAACCAGUGAGGACCAAGGAUUUUCAGGCUGAAGGACACCGUUCUGCCUUGGAGGCGUUCCUGUGCUUUUUUUUCAGCAAUUCCUAUGUAAGACAUUUUAAAAUGUAUGUAUGUGUGCAGUGCCUCAUGGGAGAUUGUUGGCAAUCUUACAGAUGCUGUAUUCUUCCACUAGGUGGUAGUCCUUAAUCAGAGGAAGACACACUUUGCGCUGUCAGAUCAGGUUAGAAAGUCUUAUGUCAGACAAUAUGAGGUAAGGUAGGGUUAGAAAAGAAUGGUGACUUCAAAUGUUUGUGUACUGGGGAAAAACCUGUGCGAGGCCAGAAACAGAGAGCAGUAAUGUCUGACUCUGAUGCAAAAAAGAUAUGAGUCAUACUGAAGAAAAUGGAGAUGACUACUGGACCUCUCAGUAUUUGACAUCUCUUUUCUGUCUCAGUUUAGAUCCAGUCUCAUGUAUUUAUUGUAGAACUAUGUGUUUUAAAGCUGUAAAACUAGAAUUAGUUGCCAUCACUGCUACGUAUGAUCAAUGAACCUGAUUGUCUAACAUAGAAUAGGAAAUUGAGUUGACAGGUUUUGAACAUAAAGCACUUCAGUAAGCAGAUGGCAGAAACAUGUCCUUUGAGCUGAAUCUGCAGUCUUUCAAGUCAUUAUUCUCUUUCACUUUUGUUUAUGAGGUCUGCAAUUGGUGAUGGCGGUAUUGUGGAAAAAUACAACUACGUUGCAAUAGAUAGGGUAUGAAUUAUUGUUUAUUAAUUUUCCAUAUGCACAUAAUAACACUAGAUCUUUCCUUUCUGUGAUUCGUAUUAAAAAGUAUUUUAAAAUAUAUUUUGAUAAAAGCUUUUUUGUUGCUCAAAAGCUAUGGUUAUGGGUUGGGUGUUCCAAUUUUAUUAUAAAACAUUGCCAUGGGUUUUGGGUGCAACACUGAUUUUUCAUUACAUGGAGCUGUAUUGAAAUGAUGAAUAUUUAAUGUCCUGUAACAUAAACUGUGUUUGUUCCACAAA